AUGGAGAGGAAGUUUGCAGUGGUGCGGUGGAGUGAAGGGGAGGAUUUUGGGAAGCUCAGUGACAUAAAAACUGAUGCCAUAAGGGGGUAUGAUGAUUCUAAGAUGGACCAGGAUGGGAAUCCCUUUGCCACCUACUCAGCCGUAAUUGAAUGGCGCCAUGGGAGGAAACAACGAGGAGGCUGGCCUCACUACAGAGGCACUGUCAUUUUUGUUAGUGCUACUCGUUUUGAGACAAUCCGUAAACUGAACUCACUGCUGAAGGAAGAAGAACCUACAGAGCUGACAAAGAGGGCCUCAGUGGCCCCCCAAAAAUAUGGGGAUGAUUCAGAUUGCUCAACUGAUAUUGAAACUCAGUCUCAGCAAGCAAAGAAGUCAAAGGCUCCCAGGAGGAUAGACCCUGCAGAAGAGUUUCUUAGGCUAUACGGUCAAUCACAGCCUUCUUCAGAUAAUCACAACAGUCUGACUCAGACUGUGGUUGAAUUAAAGCAGGAGAUCAAGGACCUGAAAGAAGAGAACGCGAAGUUGAAGGAGAUUGUUCUUCAAGAUGUGCCAGGACUCCUACUGAGCUUGAGGAAUAUAAUAGAUUCGGCUGCACCUCCUAAGAGAUCCAGGGUGGAGCCUACCAAAGCAUUACCGGCCCUUCCAGGGUCUCCGCAGUCCAGGUCCAGUUCUCCAUGUGCCACUUCGCUGUCCCUCCCCAGAUCUACGCUGUCCAGUUCCACAUCUGUGUCUCCAUCCCUGACUGCCUCCCAGUCUUCUAAGGUUGAGAUCCAUCCUGGGACCGGAGUCAUGGUUGAGAAACUGGCGUGGGCCUAUGCCAUCAAUGCCAAUUCGGCAACAGUCUUUGUGAGGCAUCUGCUCACCGCAGUCUUUCCAGUGGAAAUACUGCUGGUGAGCAAUCUUCGGGGGAACAAACGAGGCGGAGGAGAGGCUCGUCAACCAUUAGAUAAAAAUAAAUUGGAUGUGGCUCUAUGA